GCCGGGCCGGGCCCGAGAAGAAGCUUUCAUGGAGGGGGCGGAGGCGGGAGCCGCGUUGUCCCGGGACCUGCUAGCUCUGGGGUAUGGGGCUUUCCCGGAGGCAGCGUCGCGGGGCGCCUCAUGUCCAGACUUCAGGGCGCUGUGCGCGCGGCUGGCGGUGGAGCUGGCGACCCUGGGCGCCCUGGAGCGGCAGCAAGAUGAGGGCGUCGAGGUGUUGAGCGUGGGCGACGGCCCCGGCGCAGAGGAGGAAUUUCUGCGGCAGCUGCCCGGCCUGCUGCGGGCGUUGCACUGCCCGGAUCGCGCGCUCUGCGGCGGAGGUUGCGAGGCCGAGCUUCGGGAGCCGAGCGCGGGCCUCCGCCUGCUGCGCUUUCUGUGCUCCGAGCUCCAGGCUGCCCGCCUCUUGCGUUUGCACCCCUCUCUGGACUCCAGCCCUGUGCCACCCCUUGGGAGAGGGACACAGGAAGGAGCUGACAUGGUCCAGGAACUGGUCCUUACCCGCCAAGCCCUGGGACUGCCCAGACCCCUGCUGGGGACCCCUGCCAGCCAGCUACUUUGGGAAUUACAUGCCAAGAUCUCUGAGCUGCUGCCUUCCCUGCCCCCAGGAUCCAUGCAGCCCCUCCUCAGCUACCCACUGGAUACACCCCGAUGGAAAGCCUUGGAGUCUCUGUCCCAAAGCCUGAAAGAUCAGUACUGCUGCCGCCGCUGCCUUCUUCUCAAGCGCCUGGACCUCACAAUAUCUGCUUUCCACUGGACUGAUCGGGCAGAGGCCCAGGGAAAGGCCAUGAAAGCACUGCUGACCCCACUUCGAGAGGUCCUGACCCCAGAGUCUGAUGUCUCCAUCGAACAUGUUCUGGCUGCCCGAGCUGACCUUUCUCGUCUGGUUCCAGCCACCAGUAUGGCAGCCCGCCAAGGGACCUGCUGUGCCAUCAACAAGGUACUUAUGGGAGAUGUGCCAGACCGAGGGGGCCGCCCAAAUGAGCUGGAGGCACCCAUGCCCACCUGGCGGAGCCGGAGAGAAGAUGGAGGAGGGCGGAAGGCAGGCCGCCAGCACUGGGGCCAGAAGAAGAAGAAGAAGUAAAGGAGGGUGAGGGUGUCUAUCAUGAGGUGCUGAUGCCAUUGGUAAUCUGACGAGUCAGUUUGAGGGUUUCCCUUGGCACCUGGCACCCAAGCCCCUCUCCUCUAUUCCAAAGGGUCCAAAUGUCAUGUACCUGUCCACUACUCAACACUGGAACCAUGUUUUCUGGAAAAUAAAUUUAAUUUUUGAUGGCAA